AUGAGACAUACAAAACUUGUUGUUUUCUUUGUCUUGUUAUUUCUAAUAAAAUCGUAUUGCCAAACAAUUGAAAACUAUUGCCAAGUUAACAACGUCAUUUCUUUCACACGAACGUCAUUAACAAAUUGCAACCAAAACGAUUUCACGUUAACUGUAAGUACAACAACUGAAAAUAAAAAUACUAUUUUUAUCGAUUCUUUUAAUUUUACAAAUUCAUGUUGUAACAGUACUUUACUGACAUUCACCGAUUUAAACAAUCCGACACCCAAAUACAAAAUUUUUAACAUAUUUCAAGAAAUAACAUUGAAAUAUUUUUUCAUACAAACGCGGUUCAAUAAUUCAAGAAUUACACUUGAAGAAAAUAACCGCCCUGAUAAUCUUUUUGUUUCAAUGGGGUGUUUCAACAACGAAGAAAAUUGCAGAACAGAAAUUGGUGACAACCAACGCCCAACCGUCGCUUUUUUCAAACGUGGAAUUCACUUGUUUUCUAACAUUGACCAGCACUGGUGGAUUGUAUUUCAUCGAAAUGAGACUAUAUCAUAUUCACCGUAUAUUUUGAUCGAUGGCACAACAAAUCAAACUUCCACUUUUCAUUUACAAACAAACAUAAACUUUGGAGAUGUGGAAUUUUCAUAUUUGAGGUAUCUCUUCAGUGGAAAUGAAUUUACACAAAUUCCAACACUUCAAUGGGAUGACUAUACGCACAAAGAUUUGAACGUAAAAGUUGUUUGUAAACGAACGAUAAGUACUUCUGAAAAUGCACUUAAAAGGUUCUUUAUGAUAUCAACAAAUUAUGAUGAAAAAUUAAUCAAUGAAAGUACUUUGUGUGGUUGUGUUCCUAAUUCAAAUUACAUUAAAGAUGAUAACACCACUUUCAAUAUCAGUGAUUGUCGAUUUAACUCAUCAUACUUUGAUUUGGACUUAACAAAACUAACGAAAAAUAAUAAUAAUAACACUGAAGUUAAUUUAUCAAUUAACAAGUGGUAUACCCCUCUUGUAUCUAAUUACCAGAAGUACAUAUUUAAGUCUUCAUUAAAUGAAAUAUAUUUUGAAAAACUGGAGCUUCAACUGAACAAAAGCUUAUUAUUUGAAAUCAACUGCAUAGUUAAUAAUUUAAUAACCACAUCAACUGCAAAUUACAUAUUUAAACAUUCUUUGACAAUUAAUAACAUUAUUUUGGAUAGAGAAGAUUACUCAAACUCAAUUUUAUUUGAAAUUUGGGGAACUUUAUACGACAACACUGAUACAUUGACUGUCUGUGGUCAUCGUGCGGUGAUGAAGAGUCACACAGAGAGAGUUUGUAUGUGUAUGUAUACAAAUAACAAUUAUUAUUAUUAUCCGCAUUCACUAGACGGUCCAUUUCCUUUUGAUUGUGCUAAUAACAGUUGCACACCUUCACUUAUACUCAGAAUUAAUAACACCAAUUACUCAAUAACAACAUCACAAACUUGGGAGAAAAUAAUAUUUUAUAUAGACAACGUGACACUUAUAACAUCAAAUCAAAAUUUUAUAUCAACAACAUAUUGUGAUAUAAAUUCAAAAGUAACUGUGAUUGGUGGAUUUUAUAUUGAAAAUGUCCACUUGUAUCAAAACGCCAAAAUUGUUGUAAAUAACGAUGGGUAUUUGAGACUAUCUCAUAUCUAUUUUGAUGAUAUUUUUAGCAAUGGUAAUCAGACUGGUAUCAUCGAAAUAUACGGGGAAGGUGGGUUGUAUAAAAUUUAUAACAAUGCUGUUAUGUCUCUCGUUAUUAAUGAAGACCAGACUGCGUGCUUUGAAUUCAUUUCUUUUGAAACAGAAAAAGAUAGAAUGUUAGAAACAUCAAAAAUGAUGCUGUAUUUGGGUAAUAAAUUGUAUAGAAUUUGUCCAAGAAUAUGGGCAUAUUCAGUUCAUACAGAAAUGCACUGC